AUGAGUACUGCCGCCGAUUUGCCAGCCGACAGCCCUGGGCUUCGGCUGCGGCAACCUGGGGUCGAUGCGCCUGUCCAGCCGCCAGGACAAAGUCACAGUCGCGAGGCGGAUGCACCCAUUCCGUCUGACAAGUCCAGCAAAACUUAUGGCCGGACUCCAGAUGGCACAGUCUUUAUUGUACCCACAACCCAUGAUAUGGUUUCUCAGCUUCUGGAUCCUCGACAGCCCAAGAACCUUUCAGACGCAAUUGUCUUGACAAUCCUGGGUCUUCACAUCUUGGCCGCUUAUUUCCUGCCCUCUGGUUCUAAGCGCAUUGUUUUUGCGGCUGUCUUCUUAUUCUGGCGAGCUUGCUACAACAUUGGCAUUGGCGUGCUUUUACAGAUUCAGUCAAACCAUCGGCGUCUGGUCACCUGGGCUCGGCGCUGGAGACUCUUUGAGAAUCCAUCAACUGGGAACAACCCGCGACCAUGGCUUUAUAAACUUCUAAAGAACGAGCUAGAGACAAAGAUCCCAGAGGACUAUGAGUUCGAGAAGGCACCCAUUGAGUACAACACUUGGUUGGUCUUCCGAAGGGUCGUUGAUUUGAUCCUCAUGUGUGAUUUUGUGUCUUACUGCUUGUUUGCCAUUGUGUGCGGCCACACCCCAGAGGGCGAAAAUCCUUUGAUUGGUUUCUCUCGCUGGGCUGUUGGUAUCACCCUCAUCGGCUUCAACCUCUGGGUGAAAUUGGACGCUCAUCGCGUUGUGAAAGACUUUGCCUGGUAUUGGGGAGACUUCUUCUAUCUCAUCGAUCAGGACUUGACAUUCGACGGUGUUUUUGAGAUGGCUCCCCACCCCAUGUACUCAAUCGGGUAUGCUGGCUAUUAUGGUAUUUCCAUGAUGGCUGCCAGCUAUGAGGUUCUCUUCAUCUCGAUCCUCGCUCACCUGGCCCAAUUUGCCUUCCUUGUGAUUGUUGAGAACCCUCACAUCGAAAAGACCUACAACCCACCUCCUCCUCGCAAGCGAACCAUCUCUGAAAGCCAAAGUGAUGCCGUGCCCGCUGAUAUCAAAUCGCUUGAAGCUUCGUUUGACCAACAAACGCUCACGCCCUCCCACGAAGACUCGCCUGGACCGGUUCACAAUCUCGUCGGUUUGAAGAACCUUGAUCUGUUCCGCGUCCCUGACUUUGCCGUUAUUGUCAUGCCGUUCUAUGUAGCUGUCCUCACUCUGGUGACACCCUCCACUGCCACCUGGCAGGCGGCCUUUGUGUUUCACGCUUUAGCGUGGCGCAUUUGGUACCACCUCGGAUUAGGUCUCAUCCUCGAUCAGCAGUCCAAGAACAAAAUGUGGACACGCCAUUUCCUUAAAUUCGGUGAAAGCGCUGGUGAAGCCUGGCGCCAAUGGAAGGGUCUCCAUCAUAUCAGCAUGAUCAUGUGUAAUACGGCUUUCGUCGCCGCGUGCUGGAAGAUGUAUUCGCCUCCUGAAGACUGGGCCUAUGGUCUGGUGAUGCUCAAGCAUGUCCUAGGUGCUAGUCUCAUUGCUUUGCAAUUGUGGACUGCCUUCAGUGUUUAUGAAUCUCUAGGCGAGUUCGGGUGGUUUUGCGGUGACUUCUUCUUCGAUCAUCAGGCUAAACUGACGUACAAGUCGAUUUACCGUUUCCUGAACAACCCUGAUCGGUUCUUCGGAACAGCUGCCGUAUGGGGUGCUGCACUCAUCACCUGGAGUCGAUCCAUCUUCCUUAUGGCACUGAUCACGCAGAUCUUGACUGUCUUCUACAUUUCGUACAUUGAGCGACCCCAUAUGCAGAAGAUCUAUGGCCGCAGCCUUCGUCAGGAAGCGGGUCUUACCAAGUUCAUCAAGCGAUCUUUGCCCCCACCUGUCAAGGGAUGGCAAGAAAGUGUCGACAAAGUGUUGGAUGAUACAAGCCAAUUCGUUGAGGACUUCAUCGAUACUGCUCGGCCCAAGUUUGCAGCAGGUGUCAAGACCAUUGUCAGAGAUACUUCAGCUUUGUUCAAUAUGGCUCCUGCGCGACUUACCAUCACAAGAAUUGCACCUGAUCUGGAAGGUCGUGAUCCCAAGUCUUAUUCCCUCUCGGUGCAAGGAGCGAACUUACACAACGCAUCAAUUGUCGAGAAGUACACUGGAAAGGAGAGUUUGACAGGCAGAUUCCCUAAGCCGGUCAAGACCAUGGCCUUUGAGUAUGGGGCACCCCUGCGUGUUAAAUGGAGGGCCCCUGCCAACCACAGCAAGAAGGAUUGGAUUGGUCUUUAUAUGGUCACUGACAACCGUUCGAGGGAGACUACUGAGGUUUCGUCUCUUGGACGCUGGGCUCCUACUAACAUGGGUUCAUAUGAUCACUCAACUGCCGAUUCUAGCAUCUUGAUUGAUGAGCACCCAGUGUCCACAGACGAUGUAACAGAAACCAAUCUCGUCGAGGGUGAGGUUUUGUUUGAGGGUGACAAGCUGUGGUGGACACAAGGUGUAUUUGAGUUCCGAUAUCAUCAUAACGGACAUCACCAUGCUAUGACAAUCUCGGAGCCAUUCGAGAUUCGAAUUAGCAAAUUUAACGAGGAUGUCGAUCUUGGUGCCAAGCACUUGUACGAACAAGCCGUUGAGGAGGCUCUUCUCCCGGUAAUCCAGAACUGCCUGGAUCGCGAUCCAGAUAUUGCACCCAACAAGCCCGAGGAGCCUUUUGGUGGCCACGUCGAACGCGAUUCGAAAUAUGCUAAGAGAAUUGUCUACGCUAUUCGAGAGAUGUUCGGCAUUGAGUUUGCGGCACCUGUCGUUACCGCAGAUGGAAGCGUUCGCAAACUUGCUUGGAGAAUUUGCAACGCCAAAGAAGUUUUGGCACCAUAUUCUAUGUCUCUAUCAAGGGGAACUACUACGCCUGGCAUGCAGGAUUUCCCAUCUGAGAAAGCUUGA